AUGGCAGGCAAAGCAAGCAAAGAUAGCCCUGGACUGCUGGAAUCGGCAAGGAGAUUUUGGCAAAAGAGCUAUGCUGGCGACUACCUAGGCCUGACACUGCUUCUAACAGCAUACAUCUUGAUCAAGUUCUUUGGCGAGCCCUUCCAUCGCAUGUUCCGUCUCGAUGAUCUUCGCAUUGGCUUCCCUCAUGCUGAGAUAGAAAGAGUGAGCGUCUUCUGGCUAUUCAUCUACACUGGCGUUGUGCCACUCGCCCUCCUUGUUCUCUGGGCUGGGUUAAUUCGCCCGAGCGUACACAAGAUCCACGUCACGAUUCUGGGCCUCUUGGUCUCCAUCAUCCUCACAUGCUUCAUUACGGACGUGAUAAAGGAUGCCGUGGGCCGACCACGACCCGAUCUAAUUGCUCGCUGCAAACCCGAAGCCGACACACCUCAGCACGAAUUGCUCACUAUUGCAGUCUGUACAGAGACUUCACACCAUGUCCUUCAUGAUGGAUGGAGAAGCUUCCCGAGCGGGCACUCCAGUUUCGCAUUUGCUGGCUUAGGAUAUCUGGCAUUGUUCUUCGCCAGUCAGGCGCAUGCGCUACGGGCACGUGCUAGUUUGGCGACUUUUAUAAUCUGCCUCUCGCCUCUGUUAGGUGCAGCCUUGAUCGCGAUCAGCAGGCUUGAAGACUACAGACAUGAUUUUGCGGACGUGAUUUGUGGAAGCCUGAUGGGUAUUUUGAUCACCUACUUCAACUGGAGAAGAUACUACCCAAGUCUGUUCAGUCGCGACUGCGAUGAGCCUCAUGCGCAGCGAGGGAGCAGAUCCGGUAGCCCAGCGGGCAGGAAAGCGAAUGGUUUCGAGCGUGUACGGGACGAAGAGGAAGUGCUUGCCACUGGCGAUCGAAGAUUCAGCAUUGGUGAUGAUGAAGAGAGUCAUGAGAGAAGUAGGCCGAGGUAG